AUGUGUGCAUUAGUCCCUCCAUCGUUCCCAAACUUCGUUUGGCCGUUGACGGGAGAAUACGAGAGCUAUUACGGUGCUGGGGAUAACCUCAUUAACGGCACAAUUUUUGAUUUUCCGGAACCGGAGACUUUUGGAGUGGUUCAUCAACAGAACAACUUAGGGGUUUCUGUUUCCUCGGAAGGAACUGGAAUAGACAACAACCCGGUCGUGACCAAGAAGCUUAAUCAUAAUGCAAGCGAGCGUGAUCGUCGCAAGAAGAUCAACUCUUUGUUCUCAUCUCUUCGUUCAUGUCUUCCAGCCUCUGAUCAUUCGAAGAAGCUAAGUAUUCCAAAAACGGUUUCGCGGAGUUUGAAGUACAUACCGGAACUGCGAGAGGAAGUGAAGAAGCUGAUGCAAAAGAAGGAAGAACUCUUGGUGCGAGUAUCGGGUCAAAGAGACAUUGAACAGCAACCAAAGGUGGUUGCGCGUUAUGUCUCAACCGUGUCUGCGACUAGGCUUGGAGACCAUGAAAUGAUGGUCCAGAUCUCAUCGUCCAAGAGUCAUAAUUUCUCGAUAUCUAAUGUGUUAAGUGGGUUAGAAGAAGAUGGGUUUGUUCUUUUGGAUGUUUCGUCGCCAAGGUCUCAUGGAGAAAGAGUUUUCUACACUUUGCAUCUUCAAGUGGGAUAUACUGAUGAUUACAAGCUGAAUUACUCAGAGUUUAGUCAGAGGAUCUUGUAUUUGUAUGAGGAAUGUGGAACUCAUAUUAGAGGAUAAUUUGUUCUUGUUUCUUUUAUUUAGGUCGUCCUUUUCUCUUGAAAAUUUAACAUUCUUGAAGAGUAUUGUAGUCGACUUGUUUCGGUUUGUGACUUUAUUCUUUGUGUGGAAGCCAAUGAUCGAUUACUACAUGCUAAAUCUAUGCCC